UCCAAAGGUGUCCCCUCAUUUAAUAGCUAGACCUGACGCUUCAACUACGAUUACAGCGUUUUAGAGCGACAUAAUGCUACAUAAAUUACGUUCAUAUCUAAAUCGGUCUUCCGUGUCCUUUCAAAUUCUCUCUGAUCUCCAUCUUGAGAUUAACCUGCAGUAUUCCGUUUAUGAAAUUCCGGUUUGCGCAGAGCAUCUUAUCCUGGCGGGUGAUAUUGGGCGCUUAACGGACUAUGAUGAUUAUCGCCAUUUCCUACAAAAACAGACAGACAGAUUCAAAUUGGUAAUCCUCGUACUCGGAAAUCAUGAGUUCUACAAUGGGACUAUCGCUGCAGGGCUGGAGAAAGCUAGACAACUCGAACGGGAACCUUCCUUAAAUGGACGAUUAAUUGUCCUUCAUCAGAAAAGAUAUGAUGUCCCGGGUUCUUGCGUCACUAUCCUAGGCUGCACGCUUUGGUCAAAAGUACCUCAUGAAUCGAGGGAUGUCGUCCAGUCGAAAGUCAAAGAUUUUCAAAAAAUCGAAGGCUGGUCAAUUGAUGACCAUAAUGCAAGCCAUGAUUCAGAUCUCGCCUGGUUACGGAAAGAGAUACAUUCGAUACACCAGGGAAAUGGAAAGGCAGACAAGCGGAGUAAAAGAAGAUCGAUUCUUGUUGUGACACACCAUGCCCCUCUGCUCCAGAGGACAUCGAGCCCGCAACACGCCCAGAACCCUUGGAGCGUUGCAUUUGGAACUGAUAUCCUAUCACAAGCACUAGCUGGGGUGAAAGUCUGGGUGUUUGGGCACACACAUUAUACCACUGAUUUCAAGGAGGGGCAGCCAUUCCCCGGCUUCUCGGCAUCUGCGAUUGUCGCUUUGGGCUAUCAUGAGCUCCAAGAGGCUGAGAAAAGUUUACAGUUUCUGCCCAUUGGGAGUAUUCAGCUAGUCGCUGUAUGGGAAAGCUCUUGUCAUCCUCCUAAUUGUAAAGCUAUUGAAUGUCUAAAUGUCUUGAGUCUAACACCUCAAGGUUUCAUCAGCAUUUGCAUCCGUUUACUUGCUUGCAUUGACGCUUACCAGUGCGCAUCCCUGGCUAGUUCGAGCUCGUCCAGGAUACACCAGAGGCAAUAUGGGCAUGUGAAGCACUCAGUCGCCAGCUCACUCGUCAUUGGAGUUACAUGA